AUGUCAUCAUCGUCGGAAAAGAAAAAAUCAACAAAGGGCAUUUUGAAGAAAUAUAAAGAACAUAAGAAGAGCCAAAUUUCAAUUCAAUUUGAUGAACAAAAUUUGCAAGAAAACGAAGAAAUUAAGAAAAUAAUUAAAGAAAAUUGUACAACAAUCAAUGAAGCAAAAACUCCGUUUCGAUAUGCUCAAGACUCUGAUUCAGAAGGAGAAUGUGAUCCUCAUGUUCCUCGAUUAAUGUCGCCGAUGGAACACAUGGAUCGGAUCACUAGUGCUUUGGAACGAAAAUUAGCUGUUCAUCCUUCAUCGUCAACAAUUUCCGAUCAUUACAAGAUGGAUGAUGAAUGUGUGAAUGAACAUUCUCACGAAGAAAUUAGUUUCGAACAUUCAUCCAUGCCAAUAUCAAAACAUGUUCACAUUUCUGACGACGAAAUGUUCGAUGAUGAAUAUCAACAACACUCACCGAGUAAACACAUUGGAUUUUCACUUGAACACCCAAUGUUCAAUCCAAAAGAAAGACCUGAGGGAGAUCAUGAACAUGAAAGUCCAGAAUUUAAAAGGAAAAGAAAGGAACAUUACAAUGAAUAUCUUGUGAUGAAGAAAAUGAAAGAAAGGAAUCAAAAAUACUUUGAGAAUGGACAAGAGAGUGACGAAGAGACGAGCAGUGAUGAUGACGAAUAA